UCUGGUUUACCCAAUUCAAGAUCUACCCAGCAAAUGGGUUCUUGCCACAUGACAACUUCAAUCAAUUUUCUUUCUCUCCUGUAAGGCUUUCUAUUUAAACUCCAUUUCAUCAUUUUAGCUCCCCCUCUCGACUUCCAUUUCCAUACGCCACAAAGCAUGGACACCCCUAACCCUUCUCAUGCUACAUACUACACUCCCUUGCCGGAGCAGCCCUCCCUCGAUGGAAUUCCGGCGGCUCGCCGGAGACCCUUGAAGGGUUUUGUGGUGAUCUUUGCCUCCAUCAUUUUCCUUGUGUCAUUGGUGGGGCUAAUCCUCAACCAAAGCCAAGAACCAUCAACACCAUCACCAAUGCCAAACAAUGACCAUAAACCCUCCUCACAAAAUGAGCCAUUUUCCCAACAAAUGCCGAGAGGGGUAGCUGAAGGCGUCUCCGCCAAGUCAAAUCCGUCUGCUUUUGAUGAAGAAAAAGUUUCUUACAACUGGACAAAUGCUAUGUUUUCAUGGCAAAGAACUGCAUACCAUUUUCAACCGGAGAAAAACUGGAUGAAUGAUCCUGAUGGCGAAAAAGUUAUCAAUGCUUCCAUAUUUACAGGACCACUCUUUCACAUGGGUUGGUAUCAUCUGUUCUACCAGUACAAUCCUGAUUCGGCUGUGUGGGGCAACAUCACCUGGGGCCACGCCGUAUCAAGGGACCUGAUUCAUUGGCUCUAUCUCCCUCUCGCUCUUGUCCCCGAUCAUUGGUAUGACAUCAAUGGUGUCUGGACGGGCUCUGCCACUCGCCUUCCUGGCGGUCAGAUUGUCAUGCUUUACACUGGGGAUACUGACGAGUCCGUGCAGGUACAAAAUCUUGCAUACCCUGCAAACCUAUCUGAUCCCCUCCUCCUUGAUUGGGUCAAGUACGAGAAUAAUCCAGUUUUGGUUCCACCACCGGGAAUUGAAACCGAUGAAUAUAGGGACCCGACUACUGCUUGGGUUGGACCCAAUGGAAAAUGGAGGCUGACAAUCGGUUCAAGGCAUAAUACUACCAUUGGUAUGGCACUUGUGUACCAAACCACUAACUUCACUGAGUUUGAGCUUUUGGAAGGAGUGUUACAUGCUGUUCCGGGUACGGGUAUGUGGGAAUGUGUGGACUUUUACCCGGUUGCGAUAAACGGGUCAGUUGGGUUGGAUACAUCAGCUGGUGGCCCUGGAAUCAAGCAUGUGUUGAAGGCUAGUUUGGAUGAUACUAAAAUUGAUCAUUAUGCGAUUGGGACAUAUGACCCAGUGAAUGAUACAUGGACACCCGAUAACCCUAAAGAAGAUGUGGGAAUCGGGUUACGGGUGGACUAUGGAAGAUACUACGCUUCAAAAUCAUUUUUUGACCAGUACAAGAAGAGAAGAAUCCUGUGGGGCUGGAUAAAUGAAACUGACACUGAAACUGAUGACCUCGAUAAGGGUUGGGCCUCUGUUCAGACCAUUCCGAGGGCUGUACUAUUUGAUAACAAGACUGGAACCAAUAUCCUUCAAUGGCCGGUGGAAGAAAUAGAAAGCUUGAGAUAUAACAGUACAGAGUUUGAGAAGAUUCUGAUUGAACCCGGAUCAAUUGUGCCGCUUGAUAUAGGCACAGCCACUCAGUUAGACAUUUUUGCAGAGUUUGAAACAGAGUUAUUAGCCUCAGCCACUGAAGAAGAAGAAGAAGAAGCGUAUAAUUGCAGUUCUGGCGCUGUUGACAGAAGCACAUUGGGACCCUUUGGCCUCUUAGUCCUUGCAGAUGACUCACUUUCAGAGUUCACCCCAGUCUUCUUCCGCCCCACAAAUAGCACCAAUGGCACUCUCACCACUUACUUCUGUGCUGACGAAACAAGGUCGUCGUUGGCUCCUGAUGUUGCUAAACAAGUUUAUGGAAGCAGUGUCCCUGUUCUUGAUGAUGAAAAAUUAUCCAUGAGAGUACUGGUUGAUCAUUCGAUUGUGGAAAGCUUUAGUCAAGGAGGGAGGAGAGUUAUCACAUCAAGAAUUUACCCGACAGAGGCCAUCUAUGGAGCUGCAAGAUUGUUCUUGUUUAACAAUGCAACAGGAGUUAAUGUUACAGCCACACUCAAGAUCUGGCAACUGAGUUCUGCCUUCAUCCAUCCUUUCCCAUUGGACCAAUAGGAAUCGAGCCCACCUUGUUGCCAAAAAUUUGUGCAAAUUUUGUGGCAACCUGAUCAUAUAUUUUGUUAUCAUUUUUUGGUAGGGCUGUCGUUUAAUUAUUCUGUAUUACGUAGAUAUGCCCUUUGCCUCUUGCUGUAUUUCGUUGUUAGUUAUUAUCACAAAUAGUCCUUAUAUUUACGGUUAAAUUUAAAUCGAGUUUGUUCAAAUUCAA